AUGCCUGCAAAUCCUGCUUGGGUCAAGGCCCUCAAGCCUUCCGGACCGCAAGGAAGUGAACUACUCGCCCAGGAAAGAAACCGAUCUCAACUCCCUGUCGAGUCCGUGUCUGAAUUUCUCUUCUCCAAGGAGCAUCUGGAAAGCAAACGGCGCAUCUUAAAGAUCCUUCAAGAAGAUCCUGUCUUUGACAAAACGCCAGACUAUUAUGCCGGUCGUGCCGAACGGUUUGAGCGUGCUUUGGCGCGUGCCAAGCGUCUCCGUCAGCUUAAAGUGAAGCAUUCAUGGACGCAGGACGAACUCUACCUUGCCAACGGCCUUAUCUCUGACUCUGGUGCAUACCUUCUUCAUGACGGCAUGUUCACGGUCACUAUUCGCGAGCAAGGGACGCCAGAACAGCACGAGAAGUUUCUCCGGCCUGCGGAGAGAUACGAAUAUAUCGGCUGCUACGCGCAGACCGAGUUAGGCCACGGCUCAAACGUGCGCGGCCUGGAGACCGUGGCAGAGUGGCAGCCAGACGAGAAAUGCUUCAUCCUGCACUCCCCCCAUCUGACCGCUUCGAAAUGGUGGAUUGGCAAUUUGGGCCUCGUCGCAAAUUAUGCCGUGCUCAUGGCCCAACUUGUUAUCAGAGGGAAAAGCUACGGACCGCAUCCUUUCGUCGUCCAGAUCAGGGACUUGAAAACCCAUGAGCCGCUGGAGAACGUGCACAUAGGCGAUAUUGGUCCCAAAUUCGGCUUCAACUCUAUGGACAAUGGAUUCCUCCUCUUCAAUAAAGUCAAGAUCCCGCACAUCAGCAUGCUUGCGCGCUUCUCACGCGUCGAUCCGGAGACGAAUGAGUACGUGCGCCCUCCAUCGGCGAGCCUAGUGUACGGAACUAUGACAUUGGUUCGCGCAAGCAUUGUCAAGGCGGCGGGACAUGCCCUCGCUCGCGGCGUCACGAUUGCUACCAGGUACAGCGCCGUCCGCAGACAGUUCGUCGACAAGGACGCACCCGAAUGGGAGACCGCCGAGACGCCGGUUCUUAACUACAGGAUGGUUGAGAUUCGGCUCUUGACCAAUCUUGCCGCCACCUUCGCUCUGCAUUUCACGGGAAAGACGAUGAUGCAGCUUUAUCAGAGGCAGCAUGAUUCGAUGAACAAAAACCCUGGCAAUCCUGAACUGAGUGGCAACCUGCUCGCAGACCUCCACGCCACUUCUUGCGGACUCAAAGCUCUCGCUAGCUCGAUUGCCGCAGAAGGUCUGGAAACCUGUCGGCGCGCCUGCGGUGGCCACGGAUAUUCCAACUUUAGCGGGAUCGGCCCGUUCUACACGGAGUACCUUCAGAACACCACCGUGGAGGGCGACAACUAUCUUCUUACUCAGCAAGUUGCCCGGUACCUCCUGAAAUCUGCUGAAGCAGUCUUGAAAGGGGCCCCUGCUACGAACGACACCACUACGAUCUUGAAACAGUAUCUUAGUCGCCAAGGCCAGGGAGCCGCCUUCGACGUUCUGAACAAUGACGCAGACAUUGUUUCUGCGUAUGCAUGGCGGGCAUCGUUUCUGACCUUCGAAGCUCUCAAGCAACGUCAAGAGCAAAAAAUGGGGUGGAACGAUAUGCUCGUUGACUUCUACCGUCUCUCAAAGGCUCACAGUCAGUAUUUGGUGGUCAAGAGUUUCUAUUCGACUCUUGAGGACCCGGAGACGGUAGAUAAGUUAGACAGGUCUACCUUGGACGUGUUUCGCAGCCUCUUCCGCCUCUACGCUCUCCACACGAUGGAGCAAGAAGGCACGGAUUUUUUCGCCGCAUCCGCUUGCAACUUGCAGCAACUCACACUCGCCCGAACAAAGUCCGUGAUGAGCCUCCUCAAGGAAAUUCGGCCGCAUGUCAUCCGACUUGUCGACGCCUGGGACUUUCCAGAUUACCAGUUGGACAGCAGCCUGGGUCGAUACGACGGCAGAGUGUACGAAGAUCUGUUCGUAAGAGCCAGCGAGCGGAAUCCGCUCAACAACCUCACCAUUGAUCCCUACCCUUUCAGUCCGACAUUGAUUCGUGUCGACAAAUCUCAGAGCAAACUUUAA